GAUGAGCUUCAAACUAAACGAGUGGUUACCAUCAUUCCUUGCUUGAUUUCAACACCUCAUUCCACCUCUUUUUCAACCCAUCUUCUCUUCUUCCUUUCCCACCGCCUCCCACCUCCACCACAGUCAUUACAUACAACGACCUUCCGUUUCUCCGUCCAACAAUGGCAGCCUUCACAAACCUUAUGAUCAAUCCCCCUCAAAAUCUGUACUUCACAACCAAACUCAAUACUUUCUCUUGGGGUUACAACCCUAAACUCCAAUCGUUCUUCCCCACCAAACCCAAAAUUUCCCUACAACCAAUAUCCAUGAUAAAAGCCGCUGCUACCACAUCCAACGUAGAAAAAGACAGCGCCGGUGGUGGAGCUGCCAAAACCAAGGAAGAAGACAAAGUACAGCACAUCCACACAGUGGAGGAGUUCGAGACGGCGUUACGUGACGCCAAACAGAAGCUAGUCGUGGUUGAAUAUGCAGCAAGUCACAGCAAGGAGAGCAGCAAGAUGUAUCCGUUCAUGGUGAAUUUAAGCAAGACAUGCAGCGACGUGGUAUUUCUGCUGGUGAUGGGUGAUGAAUCCGAUGAGACGAGAGAGCUUUGCCGGAGAGAGAAGAUAGAAAAGGUGCCUCAUUUUAGCUUCUACAAGAACAUGGAGAAGAUCCAUGAAGAAGAAGGGAUUGGGCCUGAUAUGUUGAUGGGUGAUGUUUUGUACUAUGGUGACAGUCACUCAGGCGUGGUACAACUCCAUAACAGAGAAGAUGUUGAGAAGCUAAUAGCCGAUCACAAGACAGAUCAAAAGCUAAUUGUCCUUGACGUUGGCCUAAAACAUUGUGGCCCUUGCGUGAAGGUAUACCCUACGGUGUUAAAGUUAUCAAAACAAAUGGAUAAUGCAGUUUUUGCAAGAAUGAAUGGAGAUGAGAACGAUAGUUGUAUGCAGUUCUUGAAAGAUAUGGAGGUUGUUGAGGUCCCAACCUUUUUGUUUAUUAGAGAUGGAGAGAUAUGUGGGAGGUAUGUUGGGUCAGGGAGAGGGGAGCUUAUCGGAGAAAUUCUUAGAUACCAAGGAGUUCGGGUCACGUACUAAUUACCCCCUCCUUAUGGUGAAGAUCGUUAAUUUAAACAGAUUUUAGAUGAUUGUAUGCUAUAAUAUAUUUAAUUACAUAAUAUUUAUGAACCCUAUAAGUAAAAAUAUAAAGAUAUUGUGUUUGAAAGAAGACAAA